GGAUCCCUAAUUGUAUUUGCAAAAAGAGUCAGCCUCCCUCUCGACUUCUCUCUCCCCCCCUCUGUUCUGCCGGAGGCGGCCCCUGCCGUCGGCGCCGGCGACGCUGCUGGCCUCCAGCACCCUUCCUUCUUCUUCUUCUUCUUUCUUUCUCUCUCGGUCUUCCUCUCUCUCUCUCUAUACCUCGGUUUCUCUCUCUCUCUCUGUUCUGAUUUCCGCCGGAGGCGGCCACUGCUGCCGGCGCCGGAGAUUCUAUAGCACCGCCGUCGCCCGUCAUAUCUCCGGUGGGGUCUCAAAUUCUAAAAGGGGUUGGAAACGUCAUCGAAAAGGACCGAGAAGUGUAGCCGGGUGUCACCAGCGCCGCCGCCGGAGGGCAGAAACUCCGUCCGAGAUUACGCAGAGUAUUUUCCCCCAAUUCGCGAACCCUACCUCCAUUUCUCCUGCGCGAAAACCUUCUCCAGCCUGCACGAAUUCCGCAACCGCCAUUGCUGCUCUUGCUCCUAUAGAAGAACCUCAACAAUGGAGUAUUUGCUGCCGACUCUGAGGAAGAAGCAAGAGGUCGAUUCUCUCAUCAGAGACACCUUAGACAAAGUCCUCGUCCUUCGGUUCGGUCUCUCUUCUGAUGCCGUCUGCCUCCAGCUCGACGACGUCCUGUAUAAAUCGGUGAAAGACGUGUCGAAAUUCGUGACGGUGGCACUAGUGGAUACAACGGAGGAGGAGAUUCAAGUUUAUCUCAAGUAUUUCGAUAUUACAUAUGUUCCCUCCAUCGUCUUCUUCUUCAAUGCUCAUCACAUGAAAAUGGAUUCCGGAAGUGCAGAUCACACUAAAUGGGUUGGUACAUUUCAGAGAAAGCAAGACUUUGUGGAUGUUGUGGAGGAACAUAUGGUCCAAGGAUGUAAAUCUAGCCUCUGUAAUUGCAGGCGAUAUACAGAGCGGCAAUGAAGGGCAAGCUGAUUGUAAACUGCCCGCUUCCCCCUGAGAGAAUACCAAAGUUUCAGUUGCUAUAUAAUGAUGUUUAGGAGGUUCAGUUGCAAAGGUUACCACAGCAGCAAUUCUCUGUUGUUGUGAUGCAAUAACACUUGCAUGGUAUUGUCUGUAAACAAUAGAGAAGUAUAUCGAAGACCUAUUGAAUUAACAUUGCUUAUUUCGUUCUAACAUUUAACUUUCUUGUCUGUAAGUUGGGAAGAACAUAUAUUCUAAGGUGUACUUUCACUUUC